AUGCCGAAUAAGUUGAAUGCGCGCGCUGUGGUGGCGGGCGGCGGGAUCAUGGGUCUCUCCGUCGCCUAUCAUCUCGCCAGACGAGGUGCGGCUGUCAUGCUCUUCGAGAAGGACUGGUAAGCCGUUAGGAUCGAGAUCAUGAGUGUGGGGUAGUGUUCGAGGGGUGUUAAUAUUGCACUAGGUGGUCAAGCAUAGUGUAAGAUUCUGAAUUUAGUAUCGGCGCGCACAGUGAGACACAUCCAACAAAUGUGGGUUUGGUCACCGCUCCAUACUUCUGGCCUGACGCUAUGGCUCAAAGAAUGGCAAGAAAGUCACUACAGCUAUACAGUCAACUGGCCAAAGUAGCCGGAUUCCGUAAGUUUUAAUAUACUUUGUGAAUCAGAGAGGUAAUGAUGUUCCGGUCCAAGCUUUAUGAAUGGGUAUAAAUCCUAGAUUCUACAACAAACUUGAUUUGAGCUCUCUUUUUUCAUAGGUAACAUUAAAUUCCCGUUUAUUUGUACUUUUUUCCUUCAGGAUACGCCAGAUGCGGUCGAGUGUACCUGGCGGCCUCUGAUGAGUCCGUAGUCCAUGUCCGCCGUAUCCAUUCCCGCUCGCUAGUCCACGGAGAGGCCAAUGAAAUGUUCGAUUGUCCCUCGGAAAUGCUGGCCCGAUGGCCUUUGAUAAACACCGAAGACCUCAGGUUGGCCCUGCAUUCGGUCGAGGAUGUCAGUCUAGACAACAUGGGAUUAUGCAGCGCUUUGGCAGACGCUGCAAGAGAGCAUGGAGCUCAGAUUUAUGAGAACUGUGAUGUUAAGAAAGUUAUGGUCGGAGAAGGCCAGAAAGUGUUCGCUGUGGACACGGAGGAGGGCCUAGUGGAAACUUCAGUCUUUGUAAAUUGCGCUGGAAUUGUAAGUUUGGAAAGAUUCAAAGGUCUAAAAGGUUAUUAUCCUUGUUUUCGAAGGAACUGCCUAAAAUAAAGUGUUUUUUGAUGAGAAAUCGAGAAAGUAAUGUCUAAUUUUGAUUUUUUAUUCUAAAAAUGUGUGAUGUAUACAAGCUAGACACCUCUCGUUUCACCGAAAGAAUCGGAGAAUUACAUCUCUUAAGUUGUCAUCAAAAAUUUCAGCACUCCAACAUGAUCAAUGUAACCUCCGUCCCGGAAAGAUGUGUCCGUGUUCCGGCUUGGCCUUGCACAUACACAAUGCUGACGGCAGAGAGACUUAACAGUUCCAACAUCCGCGACACUACACCAGCUUUUGUCGACAUGGACCACUCAACUUUUAUCUACGCGAAUGAGAAUCGAACGAUUUGUGGGGGUUUUAUUGAAUCUGAAAUCACCGCUCUCAAAGUGCCGCAUGGGAUUCAAGCCGAAUGGAACUUGCCGAGCCCGGAUUGGGACAAAUUUUGUAAGUUUGGGAUUUUUGGAAAGAUGAAAAAAUGGGUUUAUUACAGAUCCCAUUCUAAAGUCCAUGAUUGACCGUUGUCCCAGCCUUGCCAAAGUGACCUCCGGCGAUUUAACGGCCGGCUGCGAGAUGUAUUCCCCGGAUAUGUAUCCAGUUAUUGGAGAAAGCGAGCAAGUGAAGGGCUACUUUGUGGCCAAUGGCCUAAACGGACAAGGUUUGGCCAUGGCCGGAGGAUUGGGCGAGAUUCUGGCUCAAUGGAUCGUCGAAGGGGUCAGCUCCCUGACCAAAGACAUAUCAAAAUUCGAUGUAACCAGGUUCUCUCGACAACAUACCAACCCACAAUAUCUCUACGAAAGAGUGGCGGAGAUAGCAAGUGAGUUUGGAAAAGUUUUGAGAAGUCGCCCUGAUUUGCAGGGUCUUCCCGGUGGGGCUAAAAAAUUUGAUUAUGAUCUUGUAAAUUUGGGUCCACAAAGAGUUUGACAGAGAAAGUGAGGUGCAAAACAAAUUUCAGGCAACACUUUCAAGCCCUGCCACUACUCCCAUCAAUGCCACACCGCCCGAAACCUUCGAAUGUCCCCGAUUUAUCAUCAUCUCCGAAGUCGGGGCGCCGUUUUCGGAGAAAUCAUGGGAUACGAACGCCCAUUGUGGUUUGCGGACGAUGAGGAAACGGUGAACAAUCAGGUAUACUGCGGACAGGACAACAAUCUCGGCCAACCGAUCUGGUUCCACAAUGUGCGAAAGGAGUACGAAGCGUGCCGAGAGAGGGUGGGAUUGAUUGAUAUGACUAGUUUCUCCAAGUUCGACAUCCAGGGACCGGAUGUGGUAGAGUUGUUGCAGAAGGUAUGCUCGGCGAACGUCGAUAAACCAAUCGGAUCGACGAUUUACACGGGAAUGCAGACCGAGAAUGGUGGAUACUGGACGGAUUGCACGCUCAGCAGAGUGGACGAUAAAAAGUAAGGACACUCAGUGGCCUGGAAGUUCAGCUAAAGGGAUUUGGAAUUGCUUUUGAACCAAAAACGGGCAUGUCAGGGUUUCGUGGUGGGACGCAGACUAAGGAAUAGAAAGAACGGGAUUGGUAAAAUUAAAUCGUAUUUUUGUUUAUUAGAUAAUUAUCAUUGUCAUAAAUAAGAUUAGUGUCUUUCUUUCAUGGCUUCGCGUUGGGAACUAGCGAAAUUUUCAAGGCUCGUCUGAACUAAAACAAUAUUAUUUUUGAGAGAACUAUGACAAGUUAUGAUGCCCAAAAUGCUUACAGAUUCUUCAUAGUCGCCCCCUCAGUCCAGCAAGUCCGUUGUCCCAUGUGGAUCAACAAAUGGGUCAAGGAAUUUAACAUGAACGUCCACAUACAAGAUGUAACUGGCCUUUACACGGCUCUAGAUGUGGUUGGACCCUCCUCAAGACAACUCAUGCAAGAUCUAACUGGCAAAGACAUGUCUACUAGCAGCUUCCCGUCAUUUAGUUGCAGAGUGAGUACUGUAAUUUCAAGGCGAAUAACGUAAUACAUUGAUAAAUAAAUGAAUUUUUAGGAGAUGAACAUUGGAAUGGCCGCCGGAAUUCGCGCCAUCUCAGUAACACACUGUGGAGAGCUGGGAUGGAUGUUGUACAUCCCGAACGAAGUCGCUCAGAAUGUUUAUGAGAAGAUUGUGGAGGCCGGAGAAGAAUACAGUAUGCUCCACGCCGGAUAUUACGCCCUCAGGCAUCUGAGAAUCGAGAAAUUCUACGUCUAUUGGGGUCAGGAUAUCAAUGCGACAGUAACUCCGGGGCAGUGCGGCCGAAUGUUUAGAGUAGACUUUGAGGUAAGCAGGCUGCGCCCUUGCUUAUAAAACAGUUCUUUUUGAAUAGGAUAGGGUUUUCGACAAGAGCUGAACUGUAUAAAAUAUGUGUAGAGAUGCUGACUAUUUGUCAGCAGUGUUACAGACGUAUGUUUAAGUUGUGCGGCGAGCUGCGCCCGACCUUCAUUACAAAGGAUGAUUAUUAUGAUUUCAGAAAGACUUCAUUGGCAAGGAAGCCCUCUUACGGCUGAAUGAAGAGCCUGUAACUAAGAGAUUUGUCCAACUACUGGUUGAUCGACACGAUAUGGAAAUAGAUCCAUGGCCCCAAGGAGAUGAACCCAUCUAUAAAGAUGGCAAACUCUGUGGCUGGACCACAUCAGCGGCUUACGGAUUCACUUUGGGAUCACAGGUAAUCUUUUUGAAGAUAUAGCAUUGAUUUUUGAGAGGACUGGAGGCAAUUACAUUGUAGUAGAUGGUCAUGUGCAAUAUAAAAUAUAUUACACUUUGAGUGAUAUAAAGCGGGAGAUAAAAGAUUUUCUGAAAAAUUUUUGAAAUUUUUCUGUUUUUACUUUUUUUUUAAAAAAAAAGUAAAUUUUCAGUUUACUUCAAGGAAAAUGCAAAAAAAAGUCAAUUUUGUUUCUGGCUUUCCGACUUCAAGGUCGGGAGUAGGACCGGAUCUUACUCCCCUCUCGGAGUCGCCGAAAGUCAGAGCUUGUUUUUACUUUAUUCCUCUUUUUGGCCCCGCACUGCAGGUUGCAAGGUUGAUGCCAAGUCUUUCCCUGAUGUGUCAAGUUUUUCUCUUCCGAAAAAAUUAUUUUUACGUUUGUGCGACGUUGUGAAGCUAUGUUCUCCACGAAGAUGGGCUGGAAAGUGAUCAAGUAAGUUAGCAUUGGCAAGAGGAGAUGUACGUUUUUCAUUUGACAUCAAAAAUUUCCAUUUUAUUUCAGAGAAAGGUACAAAAUUUUUCCAAUUCGUAAAGCUUCAUGACCAUGGAUAAUGUAAGUGAGAUUAUCUCCUUUUUUGCUACGACGUCAAGAUUCUAAGUCGGGAAACGUUUAGAGGAGACCCCACUCUCAUGUAUAUUCUCCAUGUAUGAAACCCCAUAAAUUUUGAGGAAUAACGACGUAAAAGUUUCAAAUACUAUACUAACUUUCCAAAAGUAUGUUAUACUAAAGUAAAACCUAUGCAAACUAUCUUCAAGUUAUUGUAACAACGUUAUUUGAGCCUUAUUACGUUAUUACCUCAGUUUAGAACGCAUUCGUGGCAAAAAUCCGGCAGAUCUGAGCGGAUUUCGAUAUUGUACAUGACACCUAGAAAUCGAAAUUGGUGGCGUUUGAUAGAUAGAGUAUAUAACAAAACUAAAGUGAGGUGUCCUCUAGAACUAGCCAGCCUAGAACUGUUAACUCCAAUAACGGAACAAAAAACGCGAUAAGCGCACUUACAUUAUCCAUGGUCAUGAAGCUUUACGAAUUGGAAAAAAUUUGUACCUUUCUCUGAAAUAAAAGGAAAAUUUUUGGUGUCAACUGAAAAAAGUACAUCUCCUCUUGCUAAUGCUAACUUACUUGAUCACUUUUCAGCCCAUCUUCGUGGAGAAAAUAGAUUCACAACUUCAAAAAAAUCAAAACGUUUCUUCCGGGAGAGAGAAAUUUGACACAUCUGGAAUUCCCGGGCGCAGCUCGCAAAAAUAGUUUUGAAGAAAAUAAAUUGGCGUGCAGGUGAGUAAAAACGGCAUCCUACUCACCAGCCAAAAUGGGCGAGCCAUUUUUGUUUCAACUUUGCGGAUCGACCUUUUGGCGAGCCAUUUUUGAUCCAACUUUCCAAAAAUUUGUCGUUCGGAGUAAGAAUGUUUUUUGACUCUCCGAAAUCGAAAAUUUCCGGAAAUUUUUCAAAAUUUACUUUUUUUUUAAAAAAAAAGUAAAAACAGAAAAAUUUCAAAAAUUUUUCAGAAAAUCUUUUAUCUCCCGCUUUAUAUUAACACUUUUAGGUGUGCAUUGGCUACCUAAAGCAUCGCGAAGGCAUUACACAGGACUUCAUCAACAGCGGAGUAUUCGAAAUCGACAUCGCAACGAAGAGAUUCCCAGUCCGAAUAAAUCUGCACAGCCCAUCACUACCGAUGGUGUCCUCCGAACAUCCUGUUCAUUAUCGCCCCACCCAAGAGGAUCCAGAGUGA